AUGCCUUACCCCGAGGAAGCUGAGGGUUUCCAGGUCGAUGGUCCUGAGACCUUCACCGAGUUCCACAAGCGCUUCUACAAGCUGAAGCCUUUCGGUGACUAUGAUGUCGACGUCAAGAUCGAGGCCUGCGGUGUCUGCGGCAGUGACGUGCACACCAUCAGCGGUGGAUGGGGUGACCAGAAGUUCCCCCUGUGUGUCGGACACGAAAUCAUCGGCCGUGCCGUUCGCGUCGGCCCCAAGGUCACCCUGAUCAAGGAGGGCCAGCGCGUCGGCGUCGGCGCCCAGUCAUACUCUUGCGGCGAAUGCAAGCAAUGCCGCAACGACAACGAGACCUACUGCCCCGUUAUGAUGAUGGACACCUACGGCUCCGAGUGGCCCGAGACCGGCAUCGUCAGCCAAGGCGGUUACUCCUCUCACGUCCGCACUCACGAGCACUGGGUGUUCCCCAUCCCCGACGCCCUGGACUCCAACACCGUGGCACCCAUGCUCUGCGCCGGUCUGACGGCGUACUCCCCUCUUGUCCGCAACGGCGCCGGCCCCGGCAAGAAGGUCGGUAUCGUCGGUCUGGGCGGUAUCGGUCACUUUGGAAUCAUGUUUGCCAAGGCGUUGGGCGCGGAGACUUGGGCUAUUUCCCGCUCUCGGGCGAAGGAGGCUGAUGCCCGGAAGUUGGGUGCGGAUGGAUAUAUUGCUACCGCCGAGGAAGGGUGGGAGAAGGAGCAUCUGUUCUCGUUUGAUCUUAUCAUUAACUGUGCUAAUUCGUCCGAGGGCUUUGAUUUGGCCAAGUACCUGUCCAUGAUGGAUGUGCAUGGUCGCUGGGUUAGUGUUGGUUUGCCCGAAGAGGAGGGCCAGGUUAUCAAGGCGCAGUCUUUGAUUGCCAAUGGUGUUCUCAUCGGUGCUAGCCACUUGGGUAGUCGUCGUGAGAUGUUGGACAUGCUGCAGCUGGCUGCGGAGAAGGGAUUGAAGGGUUGGGUGGAGGAGAUUCCUAUUAGUGCGGAGGGUUUGAAGGAGGCCAUGCUGCGGAUGAAGAAGGGUGAUGUUCACUAUCGGUUCACUUUGACCGGAUAUGACAAGGUCUUUGCUUGA